GCCAAGGAGUACUACGAGGACCUGGCCGCCAGGCUCCAUUGUCCGGCCUCUCUGGGAGCCGGCCAGCUGCCCUGCCUCCGGGCACUGCCAGCACAGGCCUUGGUGGCCGUAGAAGCUGGCAUGGACGGCCACCGUCCCAGCGUCCAUUCGCCACUUUGGCCGCUGAUGCCGAAUGGCCCAGCUAUUGAUGGCACGCAGGACGGCCUGGCGGAUAUACCCAUCAGGCUUGUCCAGCGUGGUGCCUUCAACAAGGUGCCCCUCCUCCUAGGGGCCAAUGAGAACGGUGGCUCCAUAUUCGAGGACAUGCUGCCCGAGGUUCUCCCAGGAGCCCAGCUGCCCGUAAAGCGGCACCCGGCCACCCUGGGGGCGGCCCUGCAUUAUUUCUUUCGUGAGAAUGUCACCCAGGUUGAGGCCAUCUACCAAGAGAGUGAGUUUGGCGGCGACGGUGACGAGAUGAUGAAGCGAAUGAUCCGCGACAUGAUGUUCAUGUGCCCAUUGAGGGCGCUGUCUUCGGCUUGGGCCCAGCAUGACCUUCCGGCCUAUAUGUAUGUCUUCGACUUCAGUUACGGCCUCGCGAAGAUCAUCGGCUUGGGAGACUUCCACGGUAGCGAGCUGCCUUUUGUGUUCCGGAAUUGGCUGGAAUUCAUCAAGCCGAUCGAUCCGUUCCACUCCCCGCGGCACAUGGCCGACAUCAUCAGCUGCAAGUGGACGUCCUUUGCCUAUGCGCUAGAUCCCAAUGGGGGUGUGGACGAAAGCCGCUGGCCUCCAGGAUGCGAGGUCAUCAACCGAGAAUUCUCUGACUGGCCCCGGUUUCAUGCCACGCAGCGGCUCUUCUACGACCUGAAGGGGCGCCCGGAGGUUCACGAGAUCCUGGCUGACAACCGCUACCCGGACGACCUGUUCCCGCGGGAUCCCAAAUGUAACCUCUGGGACGAGCUGGCUUCAACUCUCCACUGGGUGCACGAGGGUACAAGUGGACAGGAGUCGCUCCAAGCAUCCCUGGGUCUGGGUACUGGAGACCUCUCCUGGUGGCACAGCAUCUCUAGGACGGCCCGGGAGUUCCAAGUAGCUGCUAGUGACUGCUGGUGGUCCGCGGUCCAAAGUGGCGCGGUGGGACAUAGGCACCACCUCGUCGAGCGUGAGAAGAAGCUGCGGGCAGGAUCUUCGGAUGAGUCUUUGCUGCGUCCCACAGGGUCCUUCGCCUCGGGCCUCGUCCAACUCUCCCCUGGCAUCCAUUCGGUGGAGAACAACAUUCACCAGCUGUGGGGCUGUGGACCAGAACAAUCCGAAGCGCAAAAACCAACGAAUGCACAAAACCCCAAAGCCUUCACAUCCUCUGCCAUGUGGGAGGCAGCUCCAAAGGCAUGGGCAGAGGCAACGGCUUUUGUCCAGAGGCACUCUGCGCUGAAGCUUCAGCAGGACCAAGCGGAUCGCGAUGAGGACCUAGAGCAGGCGUCUACAGAUGUUGUGCCACGCUCGGACGCUGCUCACCUCCGCAAGCUGGAAAUCCUUGGCAUCACGGCAGCUCACAGUCUGCCAGAGGACCACCGUGUGGGCCCCAUCAGCUCAGAUUCUGAUUGCAGGUCUGAGCCGUUGCCCUCAGGAAGCUUCUGGUUCCAAACGAGCCUGACAGGUUCUGGUGUCCAGGCCAUGUUGCAGGAGAUGACAUUGAACAGUCCCAGUCCCGCAUUGGUUCAAUUGACGCGCAGCUUGAUCCGCGCUUGCAACUGCCAUGUUCAAGUAUCAGACGAUCUUUGCGUCGCAGACGUUUUUGCGACCAGCGCCGCAAUCGCUGCGCAGGCAGUGCGCAUCCUUGACAAACCAGCAGCAGAGUUGCAAAGAAUCAUCGAGAUACAUGAGUCCGAUCCGGGGUUGGAAGAUUGCGACGAGGAGCACGAGGAUCCCUUUGCCAUCCAGAUAAAUUGGACCGAUCAUCCUUCCGACCACAGUUUUUCACACCAUACAGCGUCCCCUUCAUUCAGCAGCCUGCCGCUUCCGUCGGCGCAGUCCUUUGAACCAUCCUUGAACUUGUGGACUUUCCAGCAUGCGCUUGACCCAGUUCAGGCUCGGGCUAUUGCUUGCGUCGAGCAUCGCGAGUCCGUGCUGCUCUGCGCGCCGACAUCUGCAGGUAAGACGGCAGUUGCAAUAUAUGCAGUGGCCAUGGCCCUGCAUCACAAGAGACGUGCCAUUUACACAACGCCGAUCAAAGCGCUGUCAAAUCAAAAGUUUUUGGAACUGGGGAAUUGUUUUGGUGCGCAGUAUGUCGGGAUUAUGACGGGUGAUGCAGUUAUCGCGAGCGAUGCUCCCAUCGUGGUGAUGACGUUAGAAAUCCUUCACAGCAUGCUUUACAAGCAAGCAAGAGAUCCGAAUCUUCUGGAUGACUUCGCUUUUGUCGUCAUUGACGAAGCCCAUUUUCUGGGUCAUGCAGAAAGAGGUUAUGCCUGGGAAGAAGUGCUUGUCCUCCUGUCGCUUCAUGUCAGGCUGGUGCUCCUGUCGGCGACCGUGCCAAAUAGCAGGCAGAUCGCUGAGUGGUGCUCGCGGAUUCGAGUGGAGCCGAUGCAUGUUCUCACAAGCGAGCAGCGUCCGGUGCCACUUUCACACAUCAUCUUCCGAUGUGGGCCGGCAGAUUUCUUCGGAAAGAAGCGCUCAUGCUUCAACAUCAUGAGGCCGCCGCAGAACUUUUUCAGGCCCUGGAAUGUGGAAGAGGCUGUGCGGCAGAGGGCCGUCAUCCUCAAAUUGCAACCUGUGUGGCGGUGCCCCUCAGCGCUCCUGUCACGCUUCAUCGGGCACCGUGGCCAAAAUCUUAAGAGCCUCACAGCCGGCUUGUCGGCAUCUGUGCGAGUGCUGGAUGAUGGGGUAAUUCAAGUCGCAGCUUUCGACAUCGAUGUGGAGCUUGAAGCAAAGAGGAGAAUUAGCACCUGGCUGAAGAGCAACGGCGUGCCUGAGCAACUUGCGAAGGCGCCUGAUUCCUCCGGCGACCCCUUGUCUCUCCAAGUUGAGGAUCUGGAACGCCUGCUGUCCCUGCUGUGGUGCCGAAAGCAGCUUCCCACUAUCGGGUUUUGCUUUGACAAGCGCAUGUGCGAGCGAGUCGCGCUGCUUCUGGCAGGCGCCAAGCGCAUGGAUUUUACCAGCGGCGCUGACAAGGUCAAGAUUCUGGAUCGGCUGCAGAGUGGCCUUGCCAGUCUGGAGGAAGCCGACAAGCAACUUGCACAAGUACGGAAUUCCUGCGAUUUGCUGAGCCGUGGCAUCGGCGUGCAUCAUGGGGGCAUGCUUCCACUCUUGAGAGAGAUGGUGGAACUGCUGUUUGCUGGUGGACUUCUUUCGGUGAUUUUUGCGACUGAGACAUUUGCCAUGGGCUUGAAUAUGCCAGCAAAGUCCGUGGUUUUCACAGACGUUGUGAAAUUUGAUGGACGGGCACGCCGCAUGCUGGACUCGGGCGAGUUUCGGCAGAUGGCUGGUAGAGCUGGCCGGCGAGGGCUGGAUCGAGAAGGCUACGUUUACGUCAUGCUGCACAGCGACAGGAUUUUGCAACGUCCUGCUGCUGAGAUGAUAGCAAGCCUGUACACCGAAAGGCCUCCAGAAGUAUUGAGUUGCUAUCGACUUCGGUGGUCGUCAUUGCUUCACUUGGUUUCCGCUAGCCCGGCACAUCUGGAUGCCAUGCUAUCCCGAAGCCUGCAAAGGUAUACGUCACCCGACGCAGCAAAGUCUCUUCAACAAGAGGUGUUUUGCAUGGUGCAGGUCCUGGAGGAGCUUGCUUUUGUCGAUCAGUCUUGGGCUGCGUUGCCCAAAGGGAUUCUGGCAUGUCACCUUUUUGUGCCGGAGGACCCUCUGCUAGUAGCAGACGUCCUCAUUGCCCUUCGUGGCUUUGCAGACUACUCUGCUGCACAGGCGUUUGCCGUUUGUUCGGCAUUUGUGGCUGAAGGGUCUUACGGCGAGCCAUCGGUGAUUUCUGAUUCCAAAGUCAAGGUUGGUCUGGAAACUUGUCGGCAAGUGGCACAGAAGCUAGCUGCAAAGCUGCACUCUCACAACCUUCCGUGCUGUAGCAAGUGUGGCUUGUUGAGGCAGCCCGCGCCUAGUGUGCGCGGGCGUGGGUGUAGUGGUAUGGACAUGAUAAAAGCUCGUGUGAAUCCGAAGCUGUGUGAGACAGCAUACCAGUGGGCACUGGGACAGAAUUUUGCAACGGCGGUGCUUACCAGUGGUGUUGCACUGGGAGGCGAAGGCAUUGUAACAAGAGCUCUCCGACGGCUAGACGAGCUCAUGCGCGAGAUCACCUUUGUGCUGCGGCACGACCUCGCGUCGCCUGAGGCAGCACAAAGAAUUCAGACGGUUCGACUCUCGGCGAGACGAGGUGUCCUUGCGGCACCAUCGGCUUACUUGGGGGAGGCAGAGGACCGAGUUGGUGAAGAAAUCGAAGCAGAGCCACCUUGGCCGAAAGAAGCUUUGGCUCCAGGAUAUCGGGGCAACUUGGAUCCCUUGGAGAUCGGUUUCAGCCAGUCGCACUGCAAAGCUACAUUCCAGAGACCUCCCGUUCUUGGGGGGCCUGAGGACAUCGAGGGCUUGGCGAGGGCUCUGAGCGAUGGAACCAUAGAUCCCAUGCGCGUCAACCCGAUAAGACUUUACUGGUUCCGGCAUCGCUACUACUCCUUGGACAACCGGCGACUGGCAGCUUUCAGGCUUUGGCGGCUCCUUGUCGAAGAUGCAAAAGCACCCGUUGUCGUCCUUAACACCAGCCAGGCCUUGAGUGGACGAUGGCUGAGCAAGUUUACCACAGGGUUUACAGGAGGCCGAAAGAUUCGAAUAACUCAAACGGAACUUUUCGUCGGUCUCACCCGUGAGCAGUCGACCUUCGGGUCCCAUCUCUGGUCUACUGAGCUGCCGGAGAAAUGGCUGUCUGUACGGAAGCUGUUAAGAAUCAAGGAACCUUCAGAACAGGCACCCCCGAAGUACACCCAGGAAAGCUGGAGCCUUGAAUGGAGCCCUCACGGAAAUGGCAAUCUAUACUCCUUCACCAAGCUCCUAAGCCCUGGGCCAAGAGCCGCCUGCUUUGUGACAGGAAUCCUCAGCAGCGUGGAGGAGGAGACCAACUCGUACUUCGACAUUGGUGCCGUGGCGCUCUCGCUGUGCUGCGCCGCUAGGGCAGAGGGCGCUUCUGAGGGCAUUGCGGGACGCUGGCGCGAGCUGAGGGUGGCGAGCCAUUGGCAACACCACCUUGCAAGGCUUUGUGACACCACUUGGUGUUACUGGAUCCGUGAGCUCCUGCCGGUGCUCUUGGAAGAGCUGCGAGGAACUGCGUUGGUAUCUGCGCUUCCGUGGCUCUUCGCGGCCUUUGCGGCCCCCUUGGAGGCGCUGGUACCCGAAGGCCGCGCCAGGGACGCACUUCUCGUGGAGCUGCGCAAGGCAUUGGAGGUGGGCAUCAUGCAGCCUCUCUGUGCCAAGAUCGAAGAGGAUCUGCGGCUGCUGGCGCAUGCAACGAUGCAGGCCAACAAAGAAGCGCUGCCGCUUGCCCCACCGGAGGCUCUCGUGCUGCUACGGUUGCGGCCGCUGCGGCUGACGGCCACUGACGUCGUCGACCUCAAGGAUCAGGUCGAGCUGCGGCUCAGCCGCCACUUCUACGACCUGGCUGCGCUUGCACCUCAAGAUGCCGAGGCCUAUGCCCGGAUGCGCUCUGUGGCGCUGCAGCGAUAUGGCCUGGACCUCCUCGACGGCGGCUUGCCAGCCGGCUCUCUUGCGCAGGGGCUGGAUGUGAUUGACGUGAUGCGGAACGUUCACCUCUUGGCCACACAGUACUGCUACAGUCUUCACCAGCAGUUCUUUACGCAGGCUUCCAACCAGGGCGAGGCGAAGAUUCGAACGAUCACGGUGGAGCACCUGGCUGCCUCGAUCCGCGUCCAUGGCUACGGAGUCAUCAACACCGCCGUGAACUACAGCGUUGGCUUCAUCAAGCGCAAGCUCGAGGUGGUGGCCGAAUUCCUUGCCGAUGAAUCUGUCAAGUCGCGCCUCCUGGCCGACAAGCAGUGGAUGCAGGGGCGGAGUUGCUACACCUGGGCGCGGGGUGUGGAGUCCGCAAAGGUCAUCCGAAGGCUCGGUGCCGGGCGCGAUGGUGUGUCUUUCCUGGAUAAGCUCCGACAGGUGGUGUCGCAGAUUGGGAACAGCCUCGGCUAUGUUCGGAUGGUGAGGACGGCAGGCAUGCGAAGCAUGGCCGGAAGCUUGGACUUUCUCGAGGCGGCUCCUUGGCUAGGUCGACGGGAGCCAGGCGGUGGAGAUAGCCUCAGCAAUGAUUUCUUGGAGGCUGCAGAGACCGCGUGUGGAGAUGCUGCAGUGAAGGAGGCCGCGCACCUGGCAGACUCCGCAGCGCGCAGUGUCCGGCGGUGCUUCGAGGCAAGCACAGACCAUCUGAACUUGCUCGCAGAAGUUUUCGCAAAAGCGCUCGCAAGGCAGGGCAGCGUAGCACCACGCCUCUUCCAUCUACUGGUGCCAAUCCUGGGCUGCUGUUUCCUGGAUUCGCUUCUCUUCGGGCGCGAGCUAUUGGCAAAGCGUGCAGUUACGCCUACCGGGGCCAAAGGGGAUGCCGUGCUCUUUGACGACGGCUUUGCCGUGGGGGUGGCUUUUGUGCUGCGCGUCUUCGGCCUCGACCGGGACUUCCAGUCCCUUCAUUGGUUUCAGACCGAGAUCGCCGACAGCGAUGUCGCGGCGGGGCGAGCGCGCGAAGCGGCCGGGCUUCCUUUCCAGGACUCCCAGAGAUCUGCAGCCCAAGCAGCUGCAGACCGCCGCGCGCUUCUGACCUCGGCACUGGGGCAGCUCGCAGCAGCACUCGAGGCCGCGAGCGCCCUCUUCGGGGCGCAUGCCGCAGAGCCCACAGCUCCUGAGGAGCACGGCCCUGCGCCAGACGACUCCGUCGAUGAUACGGCCGACGACGAUACUGGCGAUCUCAAGAAAAGCGAAGUAUCACGUGGCAUCUUCAUCGGUUUCUUCUACCCGUGCGCGAUCCUCCUCCAAGUCACCGACAUCUGGGGGAAUGCGCGCAUCCAGAGCCGUGUAGGUGCUGACUUCACUGGCUGCUUCUUAGAGAAAUGUGCGCUGGAGCCAUGUCGCAUCGCUGAAAGUUGCGAGGCCAGCGGGCGCCACAGUCUAAAGAUGUCUUCUUGGUUCCGAUGUGCAUGUGCAGUUGAUUCUUGGACAACGAACGACACCGACAGGUUCUCGAUUCAGCUUCUGGUGGUUUUGGCGUUCGGACAUCUGGAGAUUUGCCCACCCUGCAAAGCAACCAGAAAACCAGAAGACAGCAAAGAAGGAAAGCAUCUCUCGCGCAGUGGAAACAUGGGACCCGCAACGCUGACCUCUGUGAGCGCCGCGGUCGUCGACAAGGUGGAGGUGAAGACCGCCUUGGUCUCCGUCUUCGACAAGGCUGGCUUGGAGGAUUUGGGAAAGUUCCUGGCCUCCAAGGGCGUUCACAUCCUUUCCACGGGCGGCACGGCUGCAAAGCUCCGCGACCUGGGAUGCACUGUCCAGGAUGUCGCCGACUACACGGGGUCCCCGGAGAUCUUGGACGGCCGUGUGAAGACGCUCCACCCCAAGGUGCACGGAGGCCUCCUGGCCGCGCGCGGCAACGCCGGACACGAGGCGGAGAUGGAGAAGCACGGCAUUCGAAAGAUUGAUCUUGUGGUGGUCAACCUGUACCCAUUCCAGGAGGCUGUUGCCAAAGGUGGAGAUUUCGCCACCUGCAUCGAGAACAUCGACAUCGGCGGCCCGGCGAUGAUCCGAGCCUCGGCGAAGAACAACGCUGCUGUGACCAUCCUCACCAGCCCCAGCCAGUACGGCACCUUCAUGCAGCAAGUCUCCGACAACGCUGGCUGCACAACUUUCGCUUUCCGCAAGAACAUGGCCGCAGCCGCUUAUGCGCUCACCUCGUCCUACGACUCGGCCGUGAGCGCCUGGAUGGCUGGCGAGGUGACUGAGCCGCCCGCGAAGAAGACCCUCACCUUUGACCUGCAGAUGCCGCUGAAGUAUGGCUGCAACCCCCAUCAGCUGCCUGCCGGCCUUUGCGCCGUGGCUGGUGGCAAGCUGCCCUUCGAGGUGCUGAAUGGCACGCCGGGCUACAUCAACCUCCUGGACGCCAUCAAUGCCUGGCAGCUGGUUCAUGAGCUUGGCCAGGCAACUGGCCUGCCAGCAGCCGCUUCCUUCAAGCACGUCAGCCCGGCUGGUGCUGCCAUCGGCCUCCCCUUGAGCGAUGAGGAGAGGCUGGUCUAUGAGGUCAAGGACAAGGAGCUCACAGAUGUUGCAGCAGCCUACGUGCGCGCGAGGCUGAUUGUGCCAGGCUACAUAUUGUCUUUGGAUCUUUGCAGAGCUUGGCUGUGGCUCAGGAAUGCUGACCCGAUGUGCUCCUUUGGCGAUUUCGUUGCCAUCUCCCACGAGGUGGACGUGGCCACUGCAAUGAUUUUGAAGAUCGAGGUCAGCGAUGGUAUCAUCGCUCCGUCCUUCGUCCCUGAGGCGUUGGAGACCCUCAAGGCGAAGAAGGGUGGCAAGUUCAUUGUCUUGAAGGCUGAUGCAGGCUUCAAGUACAGCGAUCUCGAGUAUCGAAUGGUCGGGGGCGUGGGCUUCAUGCAGAAGCGCAACGACGCCAUCUUCGAUGCUUCGAAACUCGCGGAGGUUGUCACCGCCAGCAAGACCAUCCCGGACAAGGCGCAGAAGGACCUCAUCUUGGCUUCCAUCGCCAUCAAGUACACCCAGUCCAACUCGGUCGGCUACAGCAAGAAUGGCAUGAUGGUCGGCGUCGGUGCAGGCCAGCAAAGCCGCGUCGACUGCGUGAAGCUGGCGGGUCGCAAGGUGGCGACUUGGUGGCUGCGCUUCCACCCGAAGGUGAAGGGCCUGCCCUUCAAGGACGGUGUCAAGCGUCAGGACCGCGUGAAUGCACGGGUGCGCUACAUCGAAGGCGAUAUGGAGGAGGCCGAGCGCACUGAGUGGCUGAAGAACUUCGAUGCCCCCCCGGAGCCGCUGUCGGCCGAGGAGAAGAGCUCCUUCCUCAAAGGCCUGGACGACGUCGCCAUCUCCUCGGAUGCCUUCUUCCCCUUCCGGGACUCGAUCGACCAUGCGACCAGGCUUGGUGUGAAGUUCGUUGCCCAGCCCGGCGGGUCUGUGGCAGACAAGGAGGUCAUCGAUGCCUGCAACACCUAUGGCAUGACUAUGGCGUUCACUCAGUCAGCAGCCGAGCUGCAGACCGCCACAGUGGACGCAAAGUUUUUGAUCAUCUCUUUCGCAGCGGACAAUGCCCUGAAAGAAGCCCUUUCUGAUGCAGGGUCUGCUGACCGACACCUGCACGUCUGUGGCCGAGGUCUGCCUUUGCAGCUCACGCAGGCCGGUGGCCAAAGUGGCAUGCGAUGUGUGGGAGUGGCAGGCAUACUCACGACCCGAGUGUACAGCACACUCGUGCAGGAGCGGGCGGAGUCCUCGAAAACCGCCGACAACGAGGAGUCGGACGUCACUUUCACCACCGUGGCCGGGUUGAGCGACGGUGGCCUGAUCCUGAACUCGCUCGCGGAGCUAGCGGGUCGUGAAAGAACUGGUUCGGGGCAGCUUCGGAGGAGCGGAGUCAUGGCUGGGCGCGAGCACAAAGGGGGGAACAAGCAGACGCUUCGACUUGGAGAAGCGAUCCCUGUGCCCUGUGGGCCGAGCGAUGAUCAUGAGCUCUUGGAGUCCCCCACAGGCAAGCGGGCUACUCAGGGUGCACCUGAAGAUGGCGGCGGCAAGCGUGGCAGGGGUGAAGCCUCUCAUCCGAAGCAGAUCACCUUGGAGACUGAAAGCUUGAGGGAAAUGCUCCGUGAGCAGAGCUAUGACCUGCUGGGAAAACAGCAGGCUCAGUUGGACAAAGCCAUCGGCGACUUGGAGAGUCGAACCUUAACGAAGGUCGCGGAGGUGCAGGAGCAGAUCGCGAACUUGGAGCCCAAGCACUCGGAGUCGGAUGCCAGGAUUGAGGCUCUGGAGCAGGGGCUUAAGCAGGUCACGGAGCGCCUUGCCGGGGGAGGUGGUCGCGAAGGGCGAAGCAAUGACCUCAGUGAGGAGAAGAGACGCAGCACUUUGGUCAUAGGGGGAUGGCCUAAGGACUCAAGAAGGGGUUUGAUUUUGACGGAUCUUCAAGAAGCUCUUCGGGGUCUCAAGCUUGAGGGGAAGUACGACACUGAGCCCUUUUGCACGGGGCCAAGGCGCAGCAUCGCUCUUCUUCCCAUGCCCAAACGAUCCGGGGAAUCUGAGCAAGCUCACCGGGACCGCAUGUUUACCUUUGUUCAGGCCUUCAGCGCCACGCAAGUGCUUACACGGACAGGUGCAAAGCUCUGGUGCAACUUCUCCAAGAGCCCGGAACAGCGGAUCAUCGCGAGUCACUCCAGCCUUAUUAAAAAGGUGGUUGGCGUCUUUGUGCAUGACACCACAGGGCUCCUCGACUACGAGUACAAGACAGGUACGGAUAUGAGAGGGGUGGUUGUGGAUGAGGACUCGGCCCGGAAGCAUUGGAUCAACGUUCGGAUGCUGGCGCAGUUCCUGCAGAAGCCUGUCGAUGCAGUGCAGAGCGCUAUUGCGGUAUUUGGUUGGAACGUCGGUGGAUGUGAUAUUGCCGAUUUGAGUGAGCACUUCAGGGAGGGCUGUAACGCGAGCCUUCCGGAGGAUGCACUGCUGACCUUGCAGGAGCUGCCAAGAGGAGAGCCGGGCUGGGCGAAGCAAAAGUCUGGUCAGUGGAGCAUUGUCAGUCAUCGUGCCGAAGGGGUCUGGAGGGGCCCGGGGAUUGCAUACAGAGAGAUUGAGUGGACAGUGCAGAGAAGGGUACGAUCCAACAAAGGGGUUUGGCUGCGACUACAACACUUGACAUGGGGAGUGGUUGUGUGGGUGGGGUCUGCGCAUUUUACGCCGGGGUGUACACUUGCACAGUACGAACAGGAGGUGGAACAAGUUUUCGAAUGCCUUCCCAAAACUGCUUCCUCGGUGGUCUUUCAAUGCGACGCAAAUGCACCCAUCCGAUGGUGUGAAGAUGACGGCGAAAUUCAUGCGGUGGGGCGUGAUGCCAAGUCGAACUACAUACAGGGUCUUUUGAUGCGGAGAGCUUUGCGGAUGGUGACCCCGCGACCUCAACAGUUUCGUAUCCCCACGAGUAGGCCGAGACAGGAGGGGCGUAAAGGUAACAUCAUCGACAUGGUCGCGUGCAGUCGUCUUGGGUGCAGUCACAUGUGGGUACACCAGGGGUCUUUUCAGGUUCUUGGUACUGAUCACGAGAUUUUGGAAGCUACCUUCACUGCUCCUAGCAAGAAGCAGCACGUGCGACACUCUACCAGGCCGCGUGUGUGGAAGGGUGGGGUUGACCGUAUCACACAUAUCGAUCAGCAGGAAUUGGAAAGGCUGAGCAGGGAGUGCACUCGGACCAAACGUGGGGAAGCUUAUAAGGAUCCGCUGGAGGUCAGACAAGCGGCCUGUCGCGCUAGGCUCCUGAAGACCAAUGAGGCGUGGAAUCGGGUCCGGCGACUUCGCAAGGCGGCUCGUAAAGAGUGGGAAAACAGGCGGCUUGAGAGGGCCUCCGUUGGGGACUGGGCAGCACUUCGGGGUGCCAGGAAGAAAGCGGACACUGGCUGGGCUGAGGGUUUCGCAGAAGCACAACAUGGUGACCCGCACCGAGCCGUUCAUGAACACCUCACGGGCGUAUACAAAGGGAUUCCACCACGGCCACAGCAAAGGGUUUUCAAAGGGGAAGUCGCGGCUUUUACGGAAGAGGAACUGGAUCAGGCGCUGGGGCAGCUACAGUCUGGUAAGGCAGUGGGUGGGGAUGGUACAUCCAAAGAGCUCUUGAUGGGUCUAUGCUCUGUGGAAGGGGGCAAACAGCACCUCCUGGAGUUUUUCACGAGGGUCUUGGUAACCCAAAGUAUUCCAGAACAAUGGAAUACCCCGCUCAUGGUGCUCUUACCGAAGCUUAAGCAGCCUCUACAGCCGAAGGACCUAGGGCCAAUUUCGAUGAGUUCAGGAGUUUCCAAAUUGUUCUCGCGUCUGUUGCUGAAUCGUGCGCUCCGUGCCAUUGACUUGACGUCGCACAGUCAGUGCUCGGGAAGGGGACGGCAAACGGCAGAUUAUAUCUUUACCAUUUGGAGAAUGCUUGAACUAGAACGGGAAUGGAGAAGAGGAGUUUGUUUUGCCAAGUUGGACAUAGCCAAAGCUUUCGAUGCUAUUGACCGUAACAAGGUCGCACAGGGCGGCGAGAUCAGCGAUUCAUGGGGCUGGACUGGAACGCUGGGGGACAUCCUGGUUAAGAAAGUGGUGGCGGUAUUCAGGGCGAACUGCGACUUCCCGGCGACCCAGAAGUAUGUGACCGAGGGCGUCGCCUUUUACAUGAUUCCGGAGAAGAUGACCGAGCUCGGCGAGAGCCAAAGUCUGGAAGGUACAGGGCAUCCUCGAAGUGACCCGGGAGAGUGGGACGGAGACGGUCGGCAAGGCCAUGAUUCCGUGGUUUGUGAUCGAGCUCGGCGGGAAGUGGAGGCCCAGGUCUUCCCCGAGCUCGCGAUUCGGGACAUCGGGGCGGUGUGGCCGACCGGGGGCCCGAUGCAACACGAUUUGACAUGGCUUAUGCAAGGAAGGGCAGAUGGAGGGUUGACUGAAGGCCAGGCCCGAGUCAAGCUCGAGCUCCGCAAGGUCCGCGAGCUCCUCAAGCGGCAACGACGGGGUCUCCUUCGCCAAGGCAUUCUCCGGGCAGUGAACAGCUACGGCAGUGAUGGGUUUCAAGUUUUCUUCAACCAGGCUGUUCGGGAAAUCUGGGACGAACCCGUGGGGACGGGAACGGUGGUUCACCUGCCGGAAGGGAUGGAGAUGGACACUAUGUGGAUGGCGGAAAUGGUGGACAUGCUCUGGGACCAAUACGUGCAGCCAGUCAAUGCCCCUCCAGGCUGGGAGCCACCGGUGGAGGAACCCAGUGACGAAUCCUCGGGCAGUACUGAGAGCUCGUCCAUGGCGACCUCGUCGAUCUGGGAAGACGAUGCCAUGAGUGUGGUGCAGACACAACUCUGCAAAACGUGGGAGGAAUACUACGACGAACCGAGUGUGGCCUGGAGAACCCGAACAGUGGCCCUGCAGGCGGACAUUGAGAUGAUGCUCACCAACAUGGUGAGAAAUGGCGAGGCAGGGGAAGCUUGCCAAGCGGCGAGAACCAUCCUCAGGCAUUUUAACGCUGUGCCUGAUACCACGGAGACAGCCUCGCGGAAGUGGGUGGAAGCUAUGCUGAAAGGGAUUUUGGACAAGUUCUCGCACCGAGUGCCGGACCCCGGGAACUACGAGCUGGACGAGGACAUGCAAGGCUGGUUGGACGGCACCCUGGAGGAGAUUGAAGCCUGCUCUGCGCUCAAGAACAGAGGGAUCCUGGAGUACAGGGAGCGCCUGGCUUUCAGAAAGAGGCGACAGCAGGAGGAAUCGGCUGAGCUGGGGCUGCCGCCACACCAAUCUGGAGGCAGCUCGGGAAGUCAGGACCGCUUUGUCAGGCAUGCGCCUGCAGACCAGGAAAAGGACGACGCGGUGGAGCUCAUGGUGGGUGGCAAUACAGACCGCGGGGUAGGGCAUGUGCCUGCAAACGAGGAAGAGGACGACGCGGUGGAGCUCAUGGCGGGUGGGAAGCCGCGUAGAUCCAGAUCGCCAGUGCGCAGGGGCCGGAGCUCGCACGGCGCGGAGCAUGGUGAUGGCACAAGGCGUGAAAGAGAGAUCGUGACCACAAGCACGAGAGUCUUGGAGCCGGCGCCGAGGCCGGUGGACCCGGCGGCACCGGCGGGACUGACGGUUCCGGAGGCAGUCGACCACGGCAUGGGAAACAUGGAUGAGUCCGUUCAGAGGGGAGGGCCGGUGGUCCCGAGGGAUAUGGCAGACAACAUGGUGGACACCUUGCGCGAUCUGGACAGACACGACCUGGCCAUCAUGACCAUCGGCCUGGUUGACCUUGUCCGCAGGUUGAUGGUUGAAUGCUCACAGGCCCUGGCUCAUGCGGGGGAAGAUAUGGUCGAAGUGGAAGUCGAACGUGAAGAUUCGACCUCCCUCAUGCAGAGGGGCCCUGGGGAUGUCCAUGGACUGGUGAGAGGCGCAGCUGAGACUAGUGUGGUGCAGGAGCUACAGUGGGCUAUACAAGCGGUAAGACGAGAUGGAGUCCAGGUUGCUUCCCGGGUGGAAGCCCUCCGGACGCGAGCCCGCAACUAUCGUGAGGUCCAUGGAGGGUCGCCCCUGCUUUGUUCGCUGGAAGCGCUGCUCGUCGUGGAGGGCAAUGAGGCGGCGCAAGAAGUGGCUGAGGAAGUUCUGACGGCCGGGGCGGAGGAAUGGGUGAAUCGGUGGUGGCACCGGUGCCGGACAGCUAUGACUUGUUCAAUGCCACGGGCGUCCAGCACGGAAUCCGUCGAAGUCGUGGACAGUGGCGGCAUGGAGGAGGGUGAGCGUCUCGCGGUCGAACAGGAGGAGCUCCGCGAUGAUGAGCGCUGGCUUCAGGAAUCCAAAGCUAGGCAGGAAGAAGAACGGGAAGCGGAGGAAAAUGCCCACCAGGCUGACAUGGAGCAGGUGGCAGAGUGGCACUACCGGACGGAGGAGUCAGCACGCUGGCAGCAAUGGGACGACUGGGCCAUGUACGACGAGCUGAACCACAAGCCUCGCCGCACCCGACGACACCUCGAAGUGCUUGUGGGGCCGACGCAGGGACAGCCAGGGCUCGAAAAACGGCUCCGGGUUGCCCUCCCGCAGACAGGUCACGUGGCUGUAAAAGCGGUGAGGAUCGUGGAAGAGCCGUCGUCAUCGGGCUCGGCGGCAUCCACGGUGGGCCCCAACCCUGCGGGCACGGCCGAGGUUCAGGGAGAUGGACACGGGGGGUCUACACUGCCAGUCCGUGCUGUGCCUCACGAGCUGGACUUUGACACCUACCUGCACCAGUUCGAACGUUACCGUCGCGGCGAAAUCGGCGAGGCAUAUAUUCGUGCCAUGUGGGGAGAGAACACGUGGGACCUCAUGGAGGCACAGGCGGCACUGGCGGACUUGGAAGACAGUGGGCAACAAGGGCAUGAGCAUGGCCAGGAGGUGGAAGAGGGAUCGCUACAGCGGAACCGGGAUGAGAGCCAUUGGCAGGAGGCACUGGCUAGUGAAGAUGGGAGGGAACCACGGCAUCUGGGACAGCCCAUGGAUGUGGCGACCUUGGCGACUUCGGCGAGUUUUCCGGGGCCAGUGGCUGUGCGAGAGGAAUGUCAGGGUUUCGAAAAGGACGGAAAAGAUGUGAACCAGGACGAGGGCUCGGAAGCUCAGCAUGCAGGGCAGGGCGACAUCGGUCACGAGUGA